AUGGCGACUGAAAAAAAGCCCAACGGAAAAUCUAAGAAGAACUCUAAACCUCAUGAUGUAGAAUCACUGAAAUCCGACGUAGCAUCCUUUGCUUCCUCCAUCGGUCUAUCCUCCUCCACAGACGCCGCCGCCGCCGCCUUCUCCGGUUUCAACGACUCCGACUUCCGAAAGAAAGCCCCUGUCAAACCCUUCAAUAAAAAAGCGACCGAAGCCAACCCAAACAACAAGAAAACGACGACUCCCGCUUCCACCAACCCCCAAAUCAAUAAACCCAAGCCUGCAAAACCCGGACCUGGGCCGAGCUUCAACGCUUUAACUGAUUCAAGUAACAACAGGAACGACAAGUGGAAAAAUUUGCCAAAGCUUCCGCUGGUCCGGGCUCAUGAUUUGGGCUCUUGGUAUGUUGAUGCUGCGGAAUUAGAGGAGAAGGUGCUGGCAAAUAAGGAUAAGAAGGUGGUGAUUAAGAACUUGGACGAGUGGAAGAAUCUAGUUGAAAAGAAAAAGGAGCUGGGGGAGAGGUUAUUGAGUCAAUAUGCUGGGGAUUACGAGUCUUCAAGAGGGAAAAAUGGGGACAUUAAGAUGCUGAUGGCUACUCAGAGGUCCGGGACAGCGGCCGAUAAGGUGUCUGCUUUCUCAGUCAUGGUUGGGGACAAUGCAGUUGCUAAUCUCCGAUCACUUGAUGUGCUUUUGGGGAUGGUAACCUCAAAAUUCGGAAAGCGCCAUGCCUUGACUGCUUUUGAAGUACUGAAAGAGCUUUUCAUUUCUAGCCUAUUACCGGACCGGAAGCUAAAGACCUUAUUUCAGCAACCCCUAAAUCUUCUUUCUGAGACUAAAGAUGGCUACUCUCUUCUUCUGUUUUGGUAUUUUGAGGAUUGCUUGAAAGAAAGGUAUAAACGAUUUGUUUCUGCUGUUGAGGAAGCCUCAAGAGAUGUUUUAGCCAUACUUAAAGACAAGGCUGUAAAGGCCAUUUAUGUUCUGUUAAAGAGCAAACCAGAACAAGAGCGGCUCUUGCUUUCUGCGUUAGUAAAUAAACUGGGUGAUCCCGGAAAAAAAGUUGCGUCUAAUGCUGAUUUUCAUUUGUCCAAACUUUUGACCGACCAUCCAAGCAUGAAGGCUGUCGUUAUUGAGGAGGUGGAUAAGUUUCUUUUCCGGCCUCAUCUGGGAUUACAAGCUAAAUUCUAUGCUGUUAACUUUCUUGCCCAAAUCCGUUUGAGUCACAGAGGAGAUGGACCAAAAGUGGCAAAGCGUUUGGUCGAUGUGUAUUUUGCACUAUUUAAGAUACUGAUUUCCAACUCCAAUGGGGAAAGUGGGAAAGACAGUAAAGAGAAACAUCCCAAAGCUUCCAGUUCUAAGAAAAUCAAAGCAGAUACUCCAUCAGAAUCUCAUGUUGAGAUGGAUUCUCGGUUGUUAACAGCCCUUUUGACAGGUGUAAAUAGAGCAUUUCCUUUUGUUUCCAACGACGAAUCAGAAGAGAUCAUUGCAGUUCAGACACCAAUUUUGUUCCAGCUGGUUCAUUCAAAGAGCUUUAAUGUGGGAGUUCAAGCACUAGUUCUUCUUGACAAGAUUUCAUCCAGAAAUCAGAUUGUUAGUGACCGAUUCUAUCGAGCAUUGUAUUCUAAGCUUCUCCUACCAGCUGCUAUGAAUUCAUCAAAGGAAGAAAUGUUCAUUGGGCUACUUCUAAGGGCAAUGAAAAAUGACAUCAAUUUAAAACGAGUCGCUGCUUUUGCUAAGCGUUUGUUACAGGUUGCUCUCCAGCAGCCACCUCAAUAUGCAUGUGGAUGUCUUUUCCUCCUUUCUGAAGUUCUUAAAGCAAGACCGCCCCUUUGGAAUAUGAUGCUUCAGAAUGAGUUGAUUGAUGAGGAUCUUGAACAUUUUGAGGAUGCAGCCGAUGAAGACGAUGCCUAUGAAUUGGCUCAUACCAAAAGCAAUGCUUCCAGUGUCGCAGACGAUAAGAAUUCAUUGCCUCGUGUCGAUGGCUCCUCAGCAUCUGAGGUAGGAAGAGAUGAUAAUGAGGGAGCAUCAAAAGCUACCAAUCUUGGGUCUGCAUUGCCUGGAGGUUAUGACCUGAAGAAGAGGGAGCCGCUAUACUGUAAUGCAGAUCGAACAAGCUGGUGGGAGUUAACAGUGCUGGCUUCACAUGUCCACCCAUCUGUUGCCACCAUGGCCAGAACGCUACUUUCCGGGGCAAAUAUAGUGUACAAUGGCAACCCACUUGUUGAUCUUUCACUCACUGCUUUUCUGAACAAGUUCAUGGAGAAAAAACCAAAACAAACUACAUGGCACGGUGGUUCCGACAUCGAACCUGCAAAGAAGCUUGACAUGAACAACCAGUUAAUAGGAGCAGAAAUUCUGUCACUAGCGGAAUCAGAUGUACCGCCAGAGGAUUUUGUUUUUCAUAAGUUUUAUUCGAACAAAUUGACUUCUUCCCAUAAAUCUAAGAAGAAAAAGAAGAAGAAGACGGAGGAAGAUGAGGAUGCAGAAGAGUUAGUUGGUGAUGACCAAAGUGAUGAUGAAGAGAUUGAAAAUGUCUUGAACGCUUCAAAUCCCCCCGUCGAAAGCGACGAUGAAGAGUAUGACUAUGACGACUUAGACAAUGUCGCUAAUGAUGAUGAUGAUGACUUGAUUGGUCGUGCUAGUGAUGAGGAGAUGGACUUCCCAUCAUCCGAGAUCGUUGGUAAAGAUUUUGAUUUUGAUGAUGGUGACGAAGACGAUGACAACCAUGAUGAUAAUAAUGGUGAAGAAACAGCAGUAUUUGGGGAAGAGGAGGAUGAUGAGAUUGAUGAUGAAGAGGACAACUCCUCCAAGAAGAGAAAAAGGAAAGGAAAGAAAUCAUCAGAUAAACAUAGUUCUGUUUCUGCUUCUCCAUUUGCAAGCAUUGAAGAGUAUGAGCACCUCAUCAUUGAGGAUGAUAAUCCCAAAGGGAAGAAUAAGAAGAAGAAGAAGGCUUCUUCUCCUAAUAAUGACAAAACGAAGGAGCCGAAGAAAACCAAAAAGAAGAGGAGGAAGUCAUCUGAAUGA